CUCUCAGCCCACUCGGGAGGGGGGAGCGGGAGGAUCCGCCCAUCGCUUGGUGGGGUUCAGCCCCUGCUCGGAGGCGGUCAGCACCGUGCAGAACCCGCCCGCUCUGGGCAUGGGGUGUCGCGCAGCCAGCGCGCUUCCCUGCGCGGCGGUUAUGUAAGGAGCAGAGCGGGGGGGAGGUUCCUGUCUGCUAAGCACGGACCCGUCCCCUCCAUCGGGCCUCUUCUUCCGAGCGCGCCGCCGCCCCCCUUGGGGGGCACCGCGAGCGCAGCCCCCGCCCCCUUAACUGCCCCCAGCCGCGUCCCCGCCCCGGGGCCCAGUCGCUUCCUCUGCACGCCGGGGACGAGAGGUUGCCUGCGGCCCACGCGUCCCACCCACCCGCUCAGGCAACUCCCCGGCCUGGGCAGCGCAGACCGGAGCCAGCCGGCGGGCAGGGAUCCGUCAGGCCUUCCCCUUCACCCUCCCCGGCCCCCUUGCACUCGCGGGUCCUGGCAGAUAAGCCGCCCCCCGUCCCCCUCCGCGGGCCCGGGCAGGCCCGCCCCGCUCGUCCCCCGGGGGCCUUUACCGGCUCCUUCGCGAGUCCGCAGCCUGAGGCGCUGUGACAAGCCAGCGGGGACGGCCCAGGCCCCGGCUACAGCGUCUCCUCAGAGCCGCCCCCUCCCCGCAGGCGGCGGCCCCGCUCCGGCCCCGCCUACCUCUCGCGAGAGACCGCGGCCCAACCGCUCCUCACCGCCCCACCCGAACCUCCCCAGCCUGAGGAGACCCUCGCCCGGGCCUAGGCCGCCUCCGCCCCUGUCUGACGGGAGACCCCGCCCUGCUACCCGCUACGGGCCCAGGCUCUUCCUGCCCCAGGGCGGUGGAGCGAGCGACCCGCCCCGGCCGCGCCCCCAGCCCUGCCGCCCUUUACCUUCCGCCACCGCCUUCGCCUGGGCCUCCGAGCUGGGUUCGGCGUUAGCCCGGGGAAUGGGGAGCCUCGCAGGUGUCACAAAUACCCGCGGGGCCCAGCGCCCGGCUCCCUCCGCCGCCUCGGGAAAUAGUCCGGCGGGGGGCGGGGAGUCAGUGCUCCGCUCUCGGGGGGGUACCGGGGUUAGUGCCCGAUGA